AUGAGGUCUUGCUGGACAACCCUGGGCAGCCUGCUGCUUGUCACCCUCGCCGCCGCCGCCACCGUCAUACAUGACCCAGCCCCGCCCCACCCCGAAGCCAGAAUCAAGCCAGCCCCUCCUAGUUCCGACGCCAGAGUCGAGCCAGCCCCUCCCAACCCCGAAGCCAGGAUGAAGCCAGCCCCGCCGCUCCCCGACGGCAGGUUGAAGCCAGCCCCUCCCAGCCUCGAAGCCAGGGUGAAGCCAGCCCCUCCCAGCCCCGAAGCCAGGGUGAAGUCAGCCCCGCCCCUCUCCGACGCCAAGGUGAAGCCAGCCCCGCCCCUCCCAGACGCCAGAGUGAAGCCAGCCCCUCCCCAGCCUGCAGACCGAGGAGCAUUGAGGUCAGGUCGCGCCGCCACCACCACCACCACCAUGGACCCCCUGGACGAGUACUGCAAGGAGGCGUGCGUGGCGGGCAUCGGGGGAGCGCUAUGCAACUGUCCCGACCAUCCCAUCGGCUAA